UAUUAUCGCAAAUAUUAAAACUCAAAACAAAGAAAAUGGAAACACCAGCCAUUCCAAGCCAACAAGUCAUUGAAGAAGAGCCAGUGCGAUUAAGUGAAUCUUCCUCUUCAAGUACCUCUUCAAGCGUCUCUUCUGAAGAGCACCCACUCCAGACACCUACCAUUCUUGUUCAAGACGAGUUCACUGACGACAGAACUUUGCUUGACGAUCAAGGUAGACCAAAUAUCAGCCGUGCUCCAUCUGUCGUGGCUGAGGUAGACACAGAUACUUCGCAUGCCAAGGGCUUUUACAACGUCUCGGAUUCCAAGGAUGUCGUCGAUUUGGAGGUCGUAGGUCAGUUACCCGACUGGUUAGUCAGUGAACAUUAUACUGUCGGACCUGGAGUGUACGACGUACGUUACUCCCGAAAGAUUGAAAUUGAUAAUGUACUUCAAAGUGCUACUUCCACCUUUACUUUAGGUCAUUGGUUCGAUGCACUUCCUUUGAUCAAUCGCCUUGAUAUCAAUGGUGAAAGAAACACUGUUACUUAUCGCCAUCACUUACCCAAUAGACGAUUGAACGAAAAGAUUCGUGAUCACCAUGGUUAUGCGCCCAGCUUUCCUGCAGGUUUAUUCAAGACCAAUCCUAACCAAACCAUGCUAAUCAAGUUUUUAAACAACGGCAAGAAGCCAAAGCCAGAUCGUGUCCCCUGUGGACAACGUAUCAGCACAUAUAUACCUGGUAUCGAAGGAAGAUUGUUCUGUCAAGAUUUUGCAAACCACGUUCAAACAUUAGAUCCUUUUGAUUUAUCUCCCUCUGGUCUUCAAACCUGGGAUGAAAUUAAUCCUGAAUUCAAAGGUUAUAGUUCAUGUCCCAAUGGUCAAUAUGAUUCCUUGACAGAAGAAUACAUUAACUUUACAAUGGAGAUUGGAUACAAGUCCACAAAGUAUCAUUUCUUCUCCAUUACAGACGGAGAACCCAAGGGUCGUAAAAUCGCCACCAUCUGGAAUGCUCCCACUGGAUGGGUCAAUAACUUUGCAAUCACGCCCAAUUAUAUCAUCAUGGUUAUUCAUCCCAUGCUGGCCAAUUCAGGUGCGGUCAGAUUUGCUUGGAGUGAAAGUAUUUUGGAUUCGUUCUACUUUGAAAAGUCAGAACCGACACUCUUUUAUGUCAUCUCUCGUAAGGAUAACGAUGUGGUUGCAUGUUAUCGAUCCGAGGCUUCACUCUCUUUAAACCAGGUGAAUGCUUAUGAAGAUGUGCAUGGAAGUAUUGUGAUUGAUAUGGCUUGUUAUGAUGACGAUCGUAUACUCUCUCAAUUAGCUACCGAAAGUCUUCGUAACCCUAAAGAAAUGGGCAAGUUGCAACCUGCUCAAAUCCGACGUUAUAUCCUAGGCAAUCCUCAACGUGAAGCACACGAUGUAUACGUUGCCAAUAAUUCAUUUAUCCCCUCUGCUGUCAGUAUUACCUCUCGUAUCGGUUCUGUUUGGAAUUACGUUACAGGAAGUUCUUAUGCGCCCGAAAAUGCUACGGGUUCCAGUGGAUGGCACGCUUGGAUGCCUAUAGUUACCUUUGAACAACUGGCUGAAGCUACCUUGGAAUUACCACAGAUUAACCCCAAUUACAAGAUGCAGCAGCAUGCGUUUGUUUAUGGUCUUGGCUUUCAUCAGGGUAGUCAUGAAGAAGGUAAAAUUUGGGAUAGUAUUAUCAAGAUUGAUGUAAAUAGUAAAUCCGUCGUGGCUUCCUGGCACGAAGAGAAUUGUUACCCAAGUGAAGCUCAAUUUGUACCUAAACCAAUUAAAGCAGGAGAAGAUAAAACAGCCGAAGAUGCAGGUGUAUUGAUAAGUAUCGUUUUGGAUUCUGCGCGCUCUACUUCUUUUGUAUUAGUAUUAAAUGCACAAGAUCUUGAAGUUAUGGCUAGAGUCGAAUUGAACAAGUUGAUUCCUAUUAGUUUUGCACAUGGAACUUAUAGGUUAAGAAGCACCUAAAAAGAAACCAAAAGGAUGUUGCACCCUUUAUUUCUCCCCUUUUUUUCUUUAUAUAUAUAUUUCACCCUUCUUUUUUUUUUUCCUAUUUUUUUUUUUUUUUUAUAUCCCAACUGUUAUAGCUGAAUUCUUAUAUAUAAAAUAGCAUUUACAUG